AUGGGGUGCACGGCAUCGAAGCUGGACAAUGAGGACACGGUGCGACGGUGCAAGGAGCGGCGCCGCUUGAUGAAGGAAGCGGUCUUUGCUCGCCACCACCUCGCCGCAGCCCACUCUGAUUACUGCCGCUCCCUCCGCGUCACGGGCUCUGCUCUCGUGACAUUUGCUUCCGGUGAACCCCUUUCCGUUUCUGACCAGACCCCCGCAGUGCUCCUCCGCAACCCCUCCUCCGUCUCAACCACUGCCGCCACCGCUGCCGCUACCACUAAACCAUCCUUUAACCCUCCUCCUGCUCAUCACAUCUCUUCCCCUCGCCCUUCUUCUCUCCACCCCCCUCCUCCACCUCCGUUAUCCACCACCUCCACCCAUCACCAGCAGCAGCCCCCACCGCGUCGCAAAAAACCCGUCAAACUUCCACACAUACUCUCUGACUCAAGUUUUUCAUCCUCACCUCUGCCCCAGCAAUUCGACCAAAAGUUCACUGACGAUGCGAGAGCUAAUUCAACUUACUCCGGCACCCCUUCCCAGGCAUCCUCAGUAUGGAACUGGGAUAAUUUCUAUCCUCCGCCCUCUCCUCCCGACUCCGAAUACUUCCGGAAACUCCAAAAUAACAAGAAUUCAUCUCGAAUUCGGCAACAGCAAGACGAUCGUUACACUAAUGUUGAUGAUGAUGAUAAGGAAUCAAUCCUUACAUCAAAUUCCCAAGUUCGCGAUCUGGACGAUCAAUUUCAAAAUCCUUUUAGCAGCAGCAACGGACAAUUUGAUGAUAAAGCAUCCAAUUAUUCAUCAUAUUCUCGUUAUUCGGAUAAUAGCAGCAGUUAUCCAAGAAAACCUACGAGCCUAGGUCCUGUGCCAGUGCGAAAGGAAGGACUCCAUCCGAAAAGCUGGGAAAGCGAAGAAGAGGAGACGGAGAGGGAGGAGGUGCAGUGUAGUGACUGGGGUGAUCAUGAUCAUGAUCAUUAUAGUAGUACAACAAGCUCUUCUAACGAGGAUGAGGAUUUGAAGUCCAGAUCUAAUGCUGGGACCUGGUCGAAUUUCGGACCAGUGAAAGAUGAGGCUCCUUCUCCUCAUGUGGGGGAUGCAAAUGCGAAUAUGAAUUCCAAGUUCUCGAGAAAACUGGAGAAGCUUUCAUCCGGGGACGGGAAGUCAUCCGUCAGUUGGGAAAAUAGUGUUAAUGAAGGGAUGGAUUCUGAUAGGAGGAUUGUGGUUAGGCACAAGGAUUUGGCAGAGAUUGUAAAUGCAAUCAGGGAGUAUUUCGACAAGGCGGCUUCUGCAGGUGAGCAGGUUUCUGAGGUGCUUGAGGUCGGGCGGGCUCAGCUGGACCGGAGCUUUAAGCAGUUGAAAAAGACUGUCUAUCAUUCGAGUGGAAUGUUGAGUAACCUGAGCUCUAGCUGGACAUCGAAGCCUCCAAUAGCCGUUAAGUACAGGUUGGAUCCCAAUUCGAUCGACCAGCCAGGUGGUCCAAAGAGCAUUUGCUCGACUUUGGAGCGGCUUUUGGCUUGGGAAAAGAAACUAUAUCAAGAAAUAAAGGCUAGAGAAGGAGUAAAAAUUGAGCACGAGAAAAAGUUGGCAGCACUUCAAAGUCAGGAGUACAGGGGGAAUGAGGAAGCCAAGUUGGAUAAAACGAAGGCGUCAAUACAGAGGUUGCAAUCCCUAAUUUUUGUUACGUCUCAGGCUGUGUCUACAACCUCCUCUGCUAUCACCUGUCUAAGAGACUCUGACCUCGUCCCGCAGCUUGUUGAACUUUGUCAUGGGUUCAUGUACAUGUGGAAAUCAAUGCAUCAAUUUCAUGAUGUCCAGAAUGACAUUGUGCAGCAAGUGCGGGGACUUGUUAACCGAGCAACCAAAGGUGAAUCAACCUCUAACUUGCACAGGCAGGCUACACGUGAUCUCGAGUCAGCAGUAUCAGCCUGGCACUCUAGUUUCUGCCGAAUGAUAACAUUUCAACAGGAUUUUAUCCGUUCUCUACAUGGCUGGUUCAAGCUUACUCUCCUUCCAGUCAACAAUGCACCAACUAACGACAACUGGGAACAAUCCGAGGCUUUUGCCUUCUGUGAUGAGUGGAAACUUACACUCGACCGCAUCCCAAAUACAGUAGCAUCCGAAGCCAUCAAAAGCUUCAUUAAUGUGGUUCAUUCAAUCUCUUUGAAACAAACCGAGGAGCUCAAGAUCAAGAAACGAACAGAAACUGCAUCGAAGGAGCUUGAAAAAAAAGCUUCCUCUCUCAGGAACAUUGAGAAGAAGUAUUAUCACUCCUACUCUGUGGUCGGCAUUGGCCUACCUGAAACUGGGCCUGAUAAUGGGCAUGCUUUGGAUGCACGAGACCCGCUAGUCGAUAAAAAAGCCAAGCUUGCAACUUGCCAAAGACGGGUUGAAGAUGAGAUGCUGAAACACUUGAAGGCAGUCGAGGUGACCCGAGCAAUGACACUAAAUAACAUUCAGACAGGUUUACCUGGAGUUUUCCAAUCUAUGGCCAGUUUUUCUGCCUUGAUCACAGAGGCACUUGAGGCAGUUUGCGUCCGCUCUUAUGCCAUUAAGUAG